GUGUAAUAAAGGGGUGUAUAAUCUUCUACUAAUCUACUAAAUUUACCGGCGAAACCCUGGUGAUUACUCAUUUCCCCCCCAAACCCUACUUUGCCGCCGCUGGUCAUCGUCGACGAUUAAGAUUUCUGUUUUACUAGAUUUGUUGAUUGGAUUGGAUUGGAUUGGAUGUUGGUUCUUUAUUCAUUGCCCGGAAAUUAGAUAGAAAGCUAAGCAUGGCGACUUUUGCUAAACCGGAAAAUGCUUUGAAACGAGCUGAAGAGCUGAUAAACGUCGGGCAGAAACAGGAUGCACUUCAAGCUCUUCAUGAUCUUAUUACAUCAAAGAGGUACAGGGCAUGGCAGAAAACCCAUGAGAAGAUCAUGUUCAAGUACAUCGACCUUUGCGUUGACAUGAGGAGGGGAAGGUUUGCUAAAGACGGUCUAAUCCAAUACCGUAUAAUCUGUCAGCAAGUUAACGUUAACUCACUAGAGGAAGUCAUAAAGCACUUUAUGGAUCUUUCUACCAACAAGGCCGAGCUUGCUCGUACUCAGGCACAGGCCUUGGAAGAAGCUCUCGAUGUUGAUGAUCUCGAAGCCGAUAAACGACCAGAAGAUCUAAUCUUGAGUUACGUUAGUGGUGAAAAGGGAAAAGAUCGUUCUGAUCGGGAGCUUGUUACUCCAUGGUUUAAGUUCUUGUGGGAGACUUACCGGACCGUUCUCGAAAUCCUGAGAAAUAACUCCAAGUUAAUGGCUCUGUAUGCCGACACAGCUCACCGUGCUUUCCAGUUCUGCAAACAAUACAAACGUACAACCGAGUUUCGCAGGCUUUGUGAGAUAAUACGGAACCAUCUCGCAAACCUUAACAAGUACCGAGACCAGAGGGACAGGCCCGACUUAACUGCGCCAGAAAGUCUACAUUUCUAUCUCGAUACAAGAUUCGAGCAGUUGAAAGUUGCAACGGAGCUUCGACUCUGGCAGGAAGCCUUUCGUUCAGUUGAAGAUAUAUACGGGUUGACAAGCAUGGUUAAGAAAAUGCCCAAGUCGUCGUUAAUGGCUGUUUAUUACGCAAAGUUGACAGAGAUCUUUUGGAUUUCAUCUAGUCAUUUAUAUCAUGCGUACGCAUGGUUUAAACUUUUUCAACUUCAGAAGAGCUUUAAUAAGAACCUUAAUCAGAAAGACCUGCAACUAAUAGCUUCAUCCGUUUUGUUAGCUGCACUUUCGGCUCCACCCUAUGAUCAUCUCAAAACUGCAUCCCAUUUAGAAUUGGAACAUGAAAAAGAGCGAAAUUUAAGGAUGUAUAAUCUUAUCGGAUUCAACAUUGAUGCAAAGCUGCUUGAAACGAGAGAAGUGCUCUCCCGGUCAUCUCUUUUGGCCGAUCUGGUUUCUAAAGGCGUGAUGACAUACGUAACUCAGGAAGUUAAAGAUCUAUAUUAUCUUCUCGAAAAUGAAUUUCUUCCACUAGAUUUGACGUCAAAAGUACAGCCGUUGUUGGCGAAGAUAGCGAAACUUGGUGGCAAAUUGGUUUCAGCUUCAUCGGUACCCGAAGUUCAUCUGUCUCACUACGUUCCUGCAUUGGAAAAAGUAGCUACUUUAAGGAUUCUGCAACAGGUGUCUCGAGUGUAUCGGACUAUUAAAGUUGAAACUUUAUCGAAAAUGGUUCCUUUCUUCGACUUCUCAGCUGUGGAACGGAUCUCUGUUGAGGCUGUCAAACAUAAUUUCAUUGCUAUGAAAAUUGACCAUAUGAAGGGUGCUGUUAUAUUUGGUGAAUUGGGUUUUGAAUCCGACGUUUUGCAAGAUCACUUGAGUUCUCUUGCGGUCAAUUUGAAUAAAUCUUGGUCUAUGAUAUAUCCUUGUCAAACAAAAGCGUCAAAACUGAGUGCGAUGCUGCCAAGUCUGGGAGAUAUAGUAGAUAAAGAGCACAAAAAGCUUCUUGCCCGGAAAUCUAUUAUUGAGAAACGCAAGGAGGAUCAAGAACGCCAUCUACUUGAGAUGGAACGAGAAGAGGAGAGUAAAAGACUGAAACUUCAGAAGAAAACGGAAGAGGCAGAACAGAAACGACUUGCAAGUGAGUUUGAAGAAAGGAAGCACCAACGCAUUCGUAGGGAAAUAGAGGAGCGUGAGCAGAAAGAAGCACAAGACCUACUAAAUGACGUUAUCAAAAAGAAAGGAAAGAAGCCUCCAAUCAUCGAGGGGGAGAAGGUGACAAAGCAGACUUUGAUGGAGUUAGCAAUGCAAGAACAGGUUAGAGAACGACAGGAAAUGGAAAAGAAAAUGCAAAAACUAAUCAAAACGAUGGAUCAUUUCGAAAGAGCAAAGAGAGAAGAGGCAGCACCUUUGAUUGAAGCUGCGUUCCAAAGCCGUUUAGCUGAAGAGAAACUCCUUCAUGAACGGGAGCAGCAGCAUGAGGUCGAGUUUAGCCGAUUACGCCAUGAUGGAGAUGUGAGGGAGAAGAAUAGGCUUGCUCGCGUUUUGGAACACAAGAUGGAAUUUGAAGAAAGAGUAGUGAGCCGACGGCAGGCAGAGUACAACAGAUUGAGAGCGGAGAGGGAGGAACGGCUCAGCCAAGUUCUCAAGGUACGAAAAGAAGAGAGGGACAUAAAGAGGAAAAUGCUUUACUUUCUCAGGACUGAAGAGGAAAGGCUCACUAGAUUGCGUGAGGAAGAGGAAGCUCGCAAACGUCAAGAGGCUGAAAGACGAAGAAAGGAGGAAAUGGAGCGUAGGGCAAAGCUGGAUGAAAUAGCUGAAAGACAAAGGAAACGAGAAGAGGAACUGGAAGAAAGAGAGAGGCUUAGGAAGGAAGCUAUCUUAAGGGGGACACCCAUCGAUAAGCCUUUAGCUGAUGUUCCUGGGCUAGGAUCUGCCGCUCCAGCACCAGCGGCGGCUCCUGCUGCCGCUGCAGCAGGUGGUGGUGGUGGUGGUAAGUACGUGCCCAAGUUUCGUAGAAGUGCGGCGGCAGAGCCAGCAGCACCGCCACCAGUGCAAUCGUCUGAUAGGUGGGGGAGUGGCAAUCCGCCACCAAGUGAUAAAUGGAGGCCCUCUUUUGGUGGUGCCAAAUCCAAGUUUUCACGGUGAAAGGUAAAAGCCUGUUGAGUUGUUAAUUCUUUUUUCAAGUAUGGGAGGAAUAAACCCUUUGUAAUAAGACAGAUGAUGGAUGUGUGAAUUUUGUUUCCGUGGAAUUUUUUGUUUUUUUUUUUUUUUUAAAUCUCUUAAUACAGCUGAGGUGAAACCCUAAUUUCUGUUGGGUUUCGGUCAAUGAAGGCCACCAUUGGUUCAUCUGAGAAAGUUUUGAAACUAUAACUUGAAAUCCUAAUCUCUUUUGAGUUUUC